UUUGCAGGGGAAAAUGGUCAGGAAAUAUUUGGGUGUCCCUCACCCUGUUCUGCAAGCCUGGUAGAGUAACCUGCAGAAUCUUAUUCGGAGAUCAACCACUGUGAGAUUUUCAAGGGUUCUCGUGCCUUUAACUGCUCAAAACAACAACUGGGAAAACGUGCAUCCUUUCACUGUAUAAUAGCAGUACUGUAUGUGCUAUUAAAAGCAACACCUUCUGUUUUUCUGCCUGCUGCAGAGCUCUUAGGCACGGAAUCUUGCCAGAAAACAGGUGGAUGCCUUAACCAAUCCUAUGCCUGCUGAGGAGGGCACACCUGCUUGUCUCCUGAAAGUCUACUAUGCCACCGACUGAGAAGCCAAAGUGGAAGGGUCUCUGCAUGAUUCUGUGGGCUUCUGGCAUCACAGCUGCAACUGUUCUACUUGGUGUUUCUGGGGUCCAUGAUACCUUGAGCCCUGGAACUGCUCCAGAAGCUGCAAGCACCUGCAGAGAUAAUAAUAAAUGCGGAGAUGUGAAACAGAAACCCAUAGAACAACCGGAAUUCCCCAGAGGGUUCGACGCGCAGCCACAGUGCAAUGUUCCUCCAGACAGCCGCUUUGACUGUGCUCCAGAGAAGCUGCUCUCUCAAGAAGAAUGCCUGGCCCGGGGCUGUUGUUAUGUCCCUGUUUUGCCCAAGGGCCCUGCUGUUUUGCAGCCGUGGUGCUUCUUCCCUCCUAGCUACCCUAGUUACAAGUUAGCAAACCUGACCACCACUGAGAGUGGCUACACUGCCCGCUUGACCCGUGGUGUGCCCACUUUCAUGCCAGACGACGUAAUGACCUUGCAGCUGGAUGUUAUCUUUGAGACGGAGGGUAGGCUUCACUUCACGCUUAAGGAUCCAGUUAACAAGCGCUAUGAAGUCCCUUUAGAGACCCCAAAAAUGAGCAACCGGGCAUCCUCAACACUGUAUUCGGUACAGUUCUCUGCUGAUCCCUUUGGCCUUCUUGUUGCCCGAAAAUCCAGUGGGCGGGUUCUGAUCAAUACCACUGUGGCUCCCCUGUUCUACGCAGACCAGUUCCUGCAGAUCUCCACUUCCCUGCCAUCGCGCUUCAUCUCUGGGCUAGGUGAGCACCAGACCUCGCUCAUCCUGAAUGUUAAUUGGACCAGGUUUACCUUCUGGAAUCGGGACAUAACGCCCACACCCUCUGUCAAUCUGUAUGGCUCACACCCCUUCUACCUGGCAAUGGAAGACGGCGGCUUGGCCCAUGGAGUCUUUUUGUUGAACAGCAAUGCUAUGGAUGUGAUCCUGCAGCCCAGUCCAGCCCUAACCUGGAGAACUACUGGUGGUAUCCUGGAUUUCUACGUCUUCCUGGGCCCAGACCCAAAGAGUGUUGUGCGGCAGUACAUGGAUGUCAUUGGGUAUCCAUUCAUGCCCCCCUACUGGGCCCUGGGAUUCCACCUCUGUCGCUGGGGAUACUCAUCUACGGCUGUCACCCGGGAAGUGGUGAGAAACAUGACAGCGUCACGAUUUCCCCUGGAUGUGCAGUGGAACGACCUGGAUUAUGCAGAUGCUAGGAGAGAUUUCACUUUCAACAAGGAUGGCUUCGGGGAUAUGCCAGGUAUGGUGAACGACUUCCAUCGUGAUGGCCGGAGGUACGUCAUGAUUGUGGAUCCAGGUAUCAGCAGUUCCAGCCCUGCUGGGAGUUACAAGCCUUAUGACGAAGGCCUGAAGCGGGGGGUCUUCAUCUUAAAUACAACAGGGCAGCCUUUGAUUGGGGAGGUCUGGCCCGGCCCCACCGCCUUCCCUGACUUCACCAACCCAGAGACUCAGCAGUGGUGGCAUGACAUGGUCAAGGAUUUCCAUGACCAGGUGCCCUUUGAUGGCAUGUGGAUUGACAUGAACGAGCCAUCAAAUUUUGUGGGAGGUUCCUUGGAAGACUGUCCCAGCAACAAGUUUGAGAAGCCCCCUUAUGUGCCAGGCGUGCUAGGAGGAUCCUUGAAGACUCGAACGCUCUGUGUCUCCAGCAGGCAAUACCUGUCCUCCCAUUACAACCUGCACAAUCUGUAUGGGUUGACCGAAGCCAUCGCGUCACACGACGCUUUGGUGAAAGUGCGAGGGAAGCGCCCAUUCAUCAUCUCUCGUUCCACCUUUUCUGGUCAUGGUCAUUAUGCUGGUCACUGGACUGGGGAUGUCUUGAGCACCUGGGACCAUUUAUACUAUACCAUACCAGCGGUGCUGCUUUUUAACCUCUACGGUGUGCCGUUGGUUGGUGCGGACAUCUGUGGCUUUGUGGGCGACACGUCAGAAGAGCUUUGUGUGCGCUGGACCCAACUGGGCGCCUUCUAUCCCUUCAUGCGAAACCACAACGACCGUAGAAACAAGCCCCAGGAACCAUAUGUCUUCAGCCAAGAGGCUCAAGGAGCCAUGAGAAAAGCCUUCUUGCUGCGCUACUCCUUGCUGCCGUACCUCUACACCCUCUUUCACAAGGCCCACUCCGCAGGGGAGACAGUUGCCCGACCCCUUUAUCUGGAGUUCCCAGACGACCCCAAUACGUGGGACGUUGACCGACAGCUCAUGUGGGGAGCAGGGGUUCUCAUCACUCCUGUGUUGGAGGCAGGGAAGACUCAAGUCAGCGGCUACUUCCCUUUGGGCACAUGGUACAACCUUUUGGCGGGAUCUGCCAUACACAGCAAGGGGCAAUGGGUUCUCUUACCGGCUCCACUUGACACUAUCAAUGUCCAUGUACGAGCAGGUCACAUCUUACCCUUGCAGGAACCUGCCUUCACCACCACAGAGUCCCGCAAAAAGGGGAUGUCCCUAGUGGUGGCUUUGACCCUGGAAGGGGUAGCAAGAGGUGACCUGUUCUGGGACGAUGGCGAUGGACUGCAGACCUUUGAGAAGGGCGAUUACACACAGAUUGUAUUUCUGGCAAGAAAUGGCAUGCUGGUCAAUGAGAUUGUGCAGCUCAAUAGCCAAAUAGAUGGGCUGCUGUUGAAAGAGGUGGUAGUUCUCGGUGUCCCCAGCCCUCCUCGGCGUGUCCUGGCAAAUGGAGUCCCCGUCCCAGACUUCUCCUACCGCACAGACACCAAGAUCCUUAACAUCCCACUCCACUUGCUGAUGGGAGAGCUAUUUCUUAUCACCUGGUCCUGAGCAAGGAAGAAAAGCUCUCUCCAGUUUCUCUGCACCACGCUAGAAGAAUGAAAAACCAAUGAUAACAAUACACAUUAUUCUGUCUGUACACGACACUGGAAUGUUUUGGUGAUUCGUCAGGAAGUGCCUUUUCAGGAGCAAGAACUGUUUCCUGUUUUCCUCUGGCCCUGCAGGGAAGGGAAGGGGAACCUGUGACCCUUUGGGUGUCAAGGAUGAUGGAAGCUGUAGUCCAAAAGAUCUAGAGGGUCACAGGUUGCUCAGUAUCUGUUGGAAGGGGAAUAGUCAAGAGUCUUCAGGGACUUUCUGUAUUCUUAAUUUAAGCCAGAUAUUUGACAGCUUUGGUUUUGUUUUUUGGAUGCUGAUGAAGUUCAAGACACAUGGCUGUGUCUCCUUUCCCCCCCC